AUGGCAGAAUCUCCCAAUACAGCAAUCUGCUUAGUCACUGAAGCCGAAGUUUCUGCUUUACCUGAGAAAAGUAUUGGGACUAAAGGUUUGCUUAAAACUAUACUCCGAAAGGGAAAUUCGUGGCAAACUCCAAUUCCUGGUGAUGAAGUUGAAGUUCAUUACAGCGUUGGGCUUCAAGAUGGAGAAUAUUUUGAUUCAAGUCGCAAUAAGGGAACCCCUUUUGUUUUCAAAUUAGGCCAAUGUGAAGUUAUCGAAGGAUGUGACGAGGGAAUAGCCACUAUGAGAAAGAGUGAAAGAGCAGUUUUCACAAUACCACCAGAUUUAGCUUAUGGGGAAGCUGGUUCUCCACCUAUGGUUCCUCCAAAUUCAACACUCAUAUUCGACGUAGAGUUGAUUUUGUGGAACCCCAUCAGAGAUAUCACGGGUGAUGGAGGAAUAUUGAAGAAGAUAACCCGGGAAGGGGACGGAUGGGCUACUCCAAACGAUGCAGAUGAAGUUCUAGUCAAGUAUGAAGCAAGGAGUGAGAAGGGAAUAGUAAUCUCAAAAUCUGAUGGACAGGAAUUUUCUUUGAAAAAUGGUUAUCUGUGUUCUGCCAUGAGCAAAGCUGUCAAAACCAUGAGAAAGGGUGAGAAAGCUGAGCUUUCUGUCAAGUUCUCAUAUGGGCUUAGGCAAUCCGAAGAUGGGACUUCUAUGAUUGAUGGGGUUCCACCUUAUUCUAAUUUGAUCAUUACUCUUGAAUUGAUAUCAUGGAGAAGUGUUAUAGAUGUCAUGGGAGAUGAGAAAAUCCUAAAGAAAAUAAUGAAAUUGGGUGAGGGCUUUGACCGGCCAAGUGACGGAUCCCUUGCGAAAGUGAUCUAUGUUGGUAAACUCGAAGAUGGUACUGUUAAUUCAAGAAAAGGAUCCGAAGAAGAACCUUUUGAAUACACAUGUUCAGAAGGAAAAAUCGAGGAGGGUUUAGAUAGAGCAGUAAUGACUAUGAAAAGAGGAGAAGAAGCUAUAGUCAAGAUCAGCUCUGAUUUUUGUUAUGGCUGUGAAGUUGGAGGAAGAAAUUCUUCAGCUUCAGUGCUUUAUGAAAUCAAAUUAGUAGAUUUCACCAAGGACAAACCAUUUUGGAAAAUGGAGGUCCAAGAAAGAAUGGAGGCUUCUUGCGUCAAAGAAGCUUCAGAAUAUAUUGAAUAUAACCACUCCUUCAGUGAUGAAGAAAAGCUGCAGGCAAAUUCUUUGAGAAUAUCAUGUUAUUUGAACAAUGCGGCCUGUAAACUGAAACUGGGAGACUAUCUCGAGGCCUCUAGACUGUGCACCAAGGUCCUGGAACUCGAUUCAUUCAAUGUUAAAGCUCUCUUCAGAAGGUCCCAAGCCUAUAUGAGUACAUCCCAUUUAGAGAAAGCAGAGUACGAUUUGAACCGUGCAUUAGCCAUUGAUCCAAGAAACAAAGAUUUGAAACUCAAACACAAGGAACUGAAAGAGAAGCAGAGACAAUAUUUUCAAGAAGAAGCUAAGAUUUUCAGUACCAUGGUUUCAAGGAUAAGGUAG